CUCAACCACCACCGCGCCACCGAUCGUUGUUUGUUCGCCGACCGGCGAUCACCAUUUUUCGUACACUGAUCACUGAUCAGUCGACGGUCGUCAGUCACUCGUCUCUUUUCUGUCUGUCGUUUGGUGUAUGUGUCGCACAUCUAUUUUAAAACAAACCGCUGUAUGAUUUUCCGCGUUUUAUCGGUGCGGUCAUUUUCUUAGUUCGGGUCUUUUCCUUUCCGACCUACGCCGCCGAAACGACCAUAGAUCAUCUACACAAUACCACAGUUGGACGACAAAGACUUCACCAUAAACUUUAGCAACGACAUUACGUGAACUUACAGAUAAGCGCAACAACAGCUUACGAAUAUUAUAAGUCCACCAUGUCUUCUUCAGUAUGUUUGUAUUUCAUGAGGGGAUCAUGUCGAUUUGGCAACCGUUGCUGGAACUCUCACGAUCUGGGAUCCAUCCGCUCUGACAGCCCGUUCCAGAUUCAAGCGGAAUCCUCUGAUGAUGAUGAAGAAAUCAGCUUUCCUGUGGCGGCAAGGAGAGAAACUACUCCAAUGAUAGCUUCACCAAGUAGUAGUGCAUCUAGACCUAGACAAAGAAAUCAAGUUCUUCCCAAUACAGCAAAGAAGUCACCAGAAACUAAUAAAACAGCAACCCAAGAUAAGUGGAGCUUAAAAAAUAAUAAUACUGGGGAGACGAGAGAAGGUACUCCUGAUAGUGUGUUAGUAGAAACAGUAAAAAAAUUAAAUGAAGCUGAAAAUUUAGUUAUAUCACUUCGUCAACAGCUGCGUAUUAAGAAUGAGGGAGAAAAUUUCUCUUGGAUUGAACAUCAAAUGGAACAAUGCAUUGAAAGUGAUCUACAAUGUAAUAUAUGUUACGAAAUGUUCAUCAAGCCAACUGUGCUAAAUUGCUCUCAUACAUUUUGUCUUGAAUGCAUUGAGUCAUGGACUCGAAGAGUUAAUCACUGCCCAACAUGUCGAGUUUACGUUAAAAAUAAAUCAUACUGUCUAACUUUAGAUACCUAUUUAGACAAAAUAUCUGACUGGUUACCAGAUGAAAUAAAAACGAGGCGGGAAACUUUAAAAGUUGAACGUAAUAAUAAUAGAGUGGAGGUUAAUAGAAACCGAAGAAAUAAUGCGAGGAGAAGAAACCAUAGAAACCAAUCCAUGCGCCGAACAUUAGGUGUAUUAUGGGGUGAACGAGAUCGAGAUGGUGCUGAAUGGAAUAUUGCCCUGGAAGAAGCAUUAUUUGAUCCAAUACGUUUAGGUGAUGCAAUUGGUAGAAAUAGAGAUGAUAGGGAAGAUGAUGUAUGGUCUGAUAGCGACUUGGACAGAUAUUUUCCUUUUGAAUAACUGACUUGGAAAUCGAAUAUCAAUUGAGUUGAUGUGUAUGAUUAUGGUAUGAUAUACUUUACAAACUACUAUUAAAAUCAAACGUUACUAAAGUAACAAUCAAUUAUGUACCUAGACUUAAUAAUUAGUUUUUAAACGAUGUUUAUUUUUAUUUUUCUGUUUUCUAUGCAUUUGGUUAUUUUUGUGUAAUUGUAACUUAAUUAUUAAAAUUUUUUUUUUUGUGUAGUAUCUGUUCUAUAUCUGUUGUAUCGCCAGUAGAAUUAUUUUGUAUCGUUUUUUGACGCUAUUUAAUCAUUAAAUUAAGUUUUUAUUUUAAUGGAAAAAUAUUUUUUUCUCAAUUUGAUUUUCAACAUAUUAUGUUAAAAAAACACUAUUAUUGUUCUCUUAAUUAUUUUCAAGAAAAUUAUUGAUUUAUAUUAAUUUUUUAUAUAGAUUUGUUUAGUUGUUACUUUUAUAUAAUUUUAUAUAAUUUUUUGGGAUGGUAAAAAGUAAUCAAUUUUUUGUAACUUAUUAUUGUUUUUAUUAUUUUUGUUUGUUUUUUUAGAGAUACUCAAUGGAAAUGUCUAAUGAAAACCGAUUUUAAACCUGUUUUAUUGUAAAAAUCCUUUAUUUUAUUUUAAAUAUUAUACAGCUUAUAAUAAACAAACAUGAUGUGAUGUGUAAUAAAGAUUGUACAUACAUAAUUUUAAUAUAAAAUGACUCGUAAUAAUUAAAUUUAUCAUAUGUGUAUCAGUGUUGGCCGAAGUACUGCACUCAAUACAAUAUAUAUAUAUUAUUUAUAUAUUCUUAUUUAUGUUGCUCAUUACUAUUUUUCAUUAUAUUUUAAUCAGAUUAUAAAUUAUAAGUUAAAACAUAUUACUAUUUGCAAUACUAAAGUAAGGACUUAAUGUUAGGUUUUGUUUUUUUCUUCAUUUAAAACAAUAAAUAUGAUAUGAUCAUUUUUCAGCAAA